UGAUUGCAGUGCUGUCAACUGUCGCAUUAAGAACCAAACAACAGCAAACAUUUGACAGCUUCUUUCAUUGACUUGCGGUAAGAGGAACUUUAGGCGACAAAAAUGGGUCGUCGUCCCGCAAGAUGUUACCGGUAUUGUAAGAACAAACCCUACCCAAAAUCGCGGUUCUGUCGGGGUGUCCCCGAUCCCAAAAUCCGUAUUUUCGACUUGGGCAAGAAGAGGGCCUUUGUCGACGAUUUCCCGUUGUGCGUGCAUCUAGUUUCUGAUGAAUACGAACAGUUGAGCUCCGAAGCCCUAGAAGCUGGCCGUAUCUGUUGCAACAAGUACCUAGUUAAAAACUGUGGUAAAGACCAGUUCCAUAUUCGCAUGCGACUUCAUCCAUUCCAUGUGAUCCGAAUCAACAAGAUGUUGUCCUGUGCUGGAGCUGAUAGGCUCCAGACUGGAAUGAGGGGAGCUUUCGGAAAACCUCAAGGAACGGUGGCUCGUGUCCGCAUUGGACAACCCAUCAUGAGUGUGCGUUCGACCGACAAAUUCAAGGCCCAGGUUAUCGAGGCUUUGCGUCGUGCCAAGUUCAAGUUCCCUGGACGUCAGAAGAUCUACGUUUCCAAGAAAUACGGAUUCACCAAGUACGAAAGGGACGAGUACGAAGACCUGAAGGCCCAGGGCAGGCUCGCUCCUGAUGGCUGCAAUGUCCAGUACAGGCCUGCGCACGGCCCAUUGGCCACUUGGAAGAAAGUCCAAGAAAGUAUCCAUGCGGCAGCGUAAAAAGUUUUAGGAUUAUCGGGUUACAAUCUACACAGACUGUAACCCGAAAACCCAAUUAAACACCUGGGGUUGUACGGGAUACAAUAAAAAACUGGGAUUUCCAAGCAAGUAUUGGUAAUCCAAAAAGAAUAUUAA